AUGUCAUUGAAUCAAAUGAGACCUCGAACUUCACAGCUGUUGGAACUUCAUGUUUUUUGUGUCCCAGCAGAAGUGUGGAACUUCAAGCUGAAUACAGUUAGUGUAGCUCUUACUAGCAAAUUUGUCUCAGCUGGAUUUAUAAGGGUGUCUCCUCACAUCACAUUAAGAGUGCUGCGGGAGAGGCUUGGAGAGUACCUGGGUGGAGUGACAGUCGCAGAUAAAUUCAGAUUUUUAAAAUGCAUUGGGAAAAAACUAGCAGUGGUGAAAGCAAAGCAGGAAACAGAACUGGAACUGAAGUCAUUUGCUCCUCCUUAUGCACUUUAUCCUGAAUUAUAUUUACUACCUGGAGUGGAUUAUUUUGAAGAUGUUUAUCCAUUGCUAUCAUCACCUCAACAGAAACAUCACAUUAGUGAAAAAGUUAAUAGGUUUGGUCAUGGAUCAAGAUUAUCCAGCCUUUCCCAACAGAAACCUAAAAAAGGCAAACCAUUUUUAGAAAGAAUACAAAGCAGGCAUCAGGUAGAAAAUGUGGAAGUGCCCAGUCCUGUGAAAUGGGGUGAGAAAGAGCCUGUUCCAGUUUCACACACAAACAAUAAGCAAGACAAUAACAACAGGAUUCCAGAAAAACAGUUUAAAGAAAAAGAUCAAAGUGGAUCUGAUGGAUCUCUCUUCACACCAAGUCAUUCCAGUCCUGCAGACCAGGGGUCUGGAAAGUGGGACCUGGUAUUACUGACCUCUGAGCAGAAUCAUCUCAGCCAAGAUGAAGAAGACUGCAAUGCUUCUAGGUGGAAUGACAAAGCCAAAGGAACUGCUCUUACUCAUGUAAACCACAGUGAUGAACAAGGCCAGGAACUAGCAAACAUGGAAAAUAAUGAGCACCAAAAAGAUACCAAAUUAAGAAGAGACAGAAUACAGGGUGCUGAAAUUCUUAAAAUAAGGGAAGACCAAACUACAGAUUAUGUCCACAAAAAACAAAGCUUGCAGCAAAACAGAACUAAGAAGACUAGAGUUGUUCUUGGUGAAAAACUGGAUAAUCAGGCAGAUGAAAACAAGCAAAAUCAUCUUACUUGUCCAAAAGAGUGUAUUUCAGCUCCUAGUUCACCUUUUUUGGCAUUUACUGUAAAUCCAGCUCAAGUUCCUGUAAUUCAGGCAGCAAAAAACAGGAUGGCAGAACAACUGCAACAAAUGAAGGAAGACAGAAGGCACAUGGAAAAAACUAGAGAAGAACUGAGAAAAAAAGCUAAAGGGCUACUGGAGCAAAAUAAGCUGAGGGGAUACCAUGUGCGUGAGGAAUGGAAGAAGAAGUACUUUGAAACCAAGAAAGCUACAGUUUCACUGGAGGACACUUUAAACAAACUGCAACAAGAUUUAGAGCUUUGCCACCAGAAAUUGCUCUUGCAACUGGAAGCCAGAAAUAGCCAAAAACGACCAAACAAAACAACAACUUCCAAGAAUUACACAAUCAUCCGGAUUGCCACAGUGCAGCACGAACUCCAUCAACUGAGGAGGAAGCUAGAGGAUACAAAAAUGAGACUCCUCAUAGAAAUUAAGAUGAGAAAGCAAGCAACAUCUGAUUUACAAGCACUGAGAGCAGAACUGACCCAAAAGAAGAUUCAUUCAGCUUUAAUUCUCCAGUCCAGAAUAUCAGGAAUUUAAGAAGAUGACAUGAGUAACAUCUGUGAAAUGUACAGCUCUCUAGUGUAUGGGAAAGAGAGUUUCAGAGCAUUAAUUUGUAUGUUCUUGAAGUAAUUUUGUAAAAAGACAUUAACUAUAUAAAUGUUGUGGAAUUUGUAUACUAGGCUACUGAGGUAAUGCAGCUCACUUCUUUUUAAAUCUCACUGUAAGAUCAGUCAACUACUUAAACAUACAGUUUAAGCUAGU